AUGCCACAAAAUGUAUGGUUUAAAAGGCAAAUAAGGCAUCGAAAUUUAUAUCUCCUUAAAAAGAUAUUUGAUGCUAUUAACAACAAAGCAGGGAAAAAUGGAAUCGAUGAAAGUCUUGAGAUAUUAACAUUAAAACACAAGCCCUUGGAGGAUUAUCAGAUUCAAAAUGACCAGGAAAAACGAAGGAAAGUAGAAAACUUUCCCCUUGUUAAGGCUUAA